UCAGAGUUUGCUUUUAUUUUGAAAUACCCGGAAACAUUUCUGGUGCACUACCGCUAGCUUGGUAGUCUUGGCAUUAACUGCUCGUAGUAGCAUGUUUGCUAAGAAUGACGGUAAACAGAGGCACUUUAUAAGUUCAAUUUUCUCUGCGCGUUUUCUUUUUUCCUCGUCUAGAAUGAAGCCGUCGAGUCUCAACAAUCCUUUCUGAGCUGUUUUAGAGGCUUGUGCCUCGUUGCUACAGCAGAAGUGACUCCGCAGGUCCAGUUAUCUGUCUUUUCGGCUGACAGACAGCAUAAAGCUCGUCGGCUCCGGACUCCGCUUGGGCUCGUGCUGCUGGGGGGAUGGAUCCUCUGGGCGCUCGCUCCCGUUUCGUGGACAUCCAGACUCUCGCCACGUGGCAGCAGCAGCUGGACGGCGAAGGCGGGCAGACGCGGCAGAGCCGGAGCGACGGCCCGCUCGGCCAGCAGGCCUUCUCUUCUCCCUUCCCCUUCAGACCAGAGAUGAACCGCAGGAUCUUCCUCUACGUCGGGGACGUCGCCCAGCUCAACUGCACCGCCAUCGUGAACACCAGCAACGAGUCUCUGAACGACAAGAACCCCGUUUCUGACAGCAUCCAUCAGCUGGCAGGAGCCGAGCUGCGGGAGGAGCUCCACAAACUCAAAGGGUGUCGAACAGGCGAGGCAAAACUGACCAAAGGCUUCAACCUGGCAGCGAGGUUCAUCAUCCACACUGUGGGACCAAAGUACAAAUCCAAGUACCGGACGGCAGCAGAGAGCUCGCUGUACAGCUGCUACAGGAACAUCAUGCAGCUGGCUGUAGAACAGGCGAUGAUGUCGGUCGGCUUCUGUGUGGUGACCACCGCCAAGAGAGGCUAUCCGCUGGAAGACGCCACGCACAUUGCCUUCAGAACAGUGCGCAGAUUCCUGGAGAAUCACGGAAACGGGAUCGAGGCUGUGGUGUUUGCUGUAACGGAGACGGAAGAGUCCGUGUACAGGAAGUUGCUCCCGCUGUACUUCCCUCGCUCUGAAGAAGAGGAGAGGGCUUGCUUGCCUCUCCUCCCAGCUGACAUCGGUAACUCUGAGGGCGAACCCAUCGUUCCGGAACGGCAGAUCCGCAUCGCAGAGAAGCCAGGAAUCCUGGAAGAUGACAGCCAGGACGACCACACGGAGCUGGACCUGGCUCAGGUGGGCAACCAUGCCUUCGCCCGCAUGGAGGGGGAUGUGGACAAGCAGAGGAAGCAGAUCCUGCAGGGUCACAUGUCAGAGGCUGCCAUGCAGAAGCAGCACCAGAGAAACUACAGCCGCUGGCUGAAUCGAGCGAGGGCUGAGGAUCUGUCGGACAUUGCUGCUCUGAAAGCCUUAUAUCAGACUGGUGUGGAUAAAUGUGGACGGACCGUGGUGGUUGUGGUGGGUAGAAACAUCCCCGUCACCCUCAUUGAUCUGGAAAAGGCAUUGUUGUACUUCAUCCACGUGUUGGACCACAUCGCAGUGAAGGACUAUGUGAUGGUUUACUUCCACACGCUGACCGGAGAGCACAACCAUCUGCACACCCACUUCCUGAAGAGCCUCUAUGACAUCGUCGACAUCAAGUUUAAAAGGAAUUUGAAGGCUUUCUACUUUGUCCACCCAACAUUUCGCUCAAAGGUCUCUGCGUGGUUCUUCACCACCUUCAGCGUCUCUGGCUUAAAGGAGAAGCUGCAUUAUGUGGACAACCUGCACGAGCUCUUCAGCUGCAUCAAACCCGAGCAGAUCGACAUCCCUCCGUUUGUUCUGGAGUACGACGCACGAGUGAACGGACCGUACCACCACUCUGCGGCCUCUGGACUGUGACGGGCCGCCGUUCUGCGGGCCUGACCUGGAAAUCCUUGAAGACGCCACGCCGCCAGUUUGACCCGGACUUCUCUGAGUUCAUGAAGCAGAGCCGGAACCGAAGCUUUGAUGUUUCCCUGCUGACAAGGGUCAAAGGGCGAGCAGCCCGGAGCGGCUGGACGAUGCCUUACACAAAUGAAAACGCCUGCGUAUGAAGUGAUGUGGAUGAAGCUGAAGAGACUGUUGUCAGGCAGAUUUUGAAAUAAAACCCAUCUCUGCUCCUCAGCUGCAUAAAUGUUUGUUCAGGCAGAACUGAUCGUUCAGACGAGCUGGAGGACACGCUUGAUGCAGCUUCAUAUUUCCCAUAAAGCUUCAUCAAAACCUGUGUUUAGAAGUAAAGGUGUUUGCUACAAUUCCUAAUGGUUGCUUGGUAAAAAUAUAAAAAUACUUUUGUAAUCAUAUAGAAACCUGGACUCAGUCUUUUGUCGCCUCACAGGCAGCAGAGGGAUGACGGCCAAAUGUCAUUAUUUAAUCAAAAAACAGGUCGGAGCUGAUUAAUGAAUAGAUCGUCUGAGGCUUUGCCUGUUCUGACAAAACCUUCAGAUCUUUUUAAAUGUGGGCGGGGACACCACGCCGUGCUCCACCCACCUCCUCUUCAAACGCCACGCCCACGUCAGGAAGAGACUGCAGCUCACUCACCUUUAUUGGUUUCCAAAAACUCCCACUUUCAGUAUUUAACCCUUGUGCUAUCUUGUGGGGUCCAGAUGACCCCUCUCCCAACAGCACGUUAACAUGGGAGAGGGGUCAUCUGGACCCCACAAGAUAGCACAAGGGUUCAUCAGGUAACCUAUAGCCAAUCAAGCUGGCAAAGUGAAGCAAAGAAUUCCAGCGCGUCUUUGAGGUUGGCGCUCAAAGUAAAGUCCGCCGUUCUGCUGCACAAACAAUUUCUCCUUUUUCCUGGUUUUUUUUUUUAUUAAGCUUCAGUUUUAGUUUCUUCAAGGUUUUAAAUUAGAAAUGCAAUGAGGAAGGCUGCCGUCAUCAUCAUCAUUAGCAUGGAUGUCACUUUCUACUCUGAUCACAUGACUGGAAAGGAUUCCUGUAGUUCUGGGUCAGGAACACUUUUCACUCGUGCGGUUAAAACUUUAAACGCCUUCAAGCUUAGAAAAGUGCUGCAUCUACGUCCUUUUUCCAAAAUAUUUGGGUUUCACAUGAAACAACCAGCUUAAAGGACCCAGUGUCCAUAUCAGAACAGGAAUAUGAAACAUCUUUAGAAAGCUCAUUUGUGCAAACAGACAUUAGGUUGAUGGUUUUCACACUAAAUAUCUUCUGAGCUUCGGAAAUGUUUACGCAGGAAAAGAACGAUGAGACCACCUGCUGCAGGAAGUGAGGGGUCGCUUCAAACUGUGAUCAUGCUGUGGAGAAACCAGACAAAUCUGGACUUUGUGAACAUGUAUAUAAUUCUUUUAUUCUCGGAAAUGUUUUUAUUCAGAACCUGUGAUUUUUUUUUUUUACUUUGAUUAAAAUGCUUUUCUGUAAAA